AUGGAGAGCAUCAUUCCGCUCACGGUUGGUCGCGUUUCUGGCUUGAUUGCCUUGGGGAACGCCAUUGUGACUUUCACUGUUCCGCUUCUGCUUGCUCUCUUGCUCGUGCGGCACUUUGACACCUCCGUCUCCGCCGCCACAUGGUCUGUGCUGGGCCGUCAAUUACACUCCACGGCCUGGCCGUCAUUUGUCCGAGCCGACUCUGUUGCCGGAACACAUGUCCACUGGACCGUGUCGACGGCGGCAUACUCCAAGUUGGCCCUGGCUUUUCUUGGCGUCAUAUGUGGCGUCGUUACGCCUCUAGGGCUCGGAGACCAGAUCCGGUCCGCUUCUGUCAGAGAUGUGCCGUUUGAGUACGUGCGCGAUCUGUCCAGUUUUGGGAUGAGCACAAUGGACCGCCCGGCCAUGCCCUUGUCCCGAGAUUGCAUCAUAACAUCUGCUUACUGCCCUGGAGCCAUUGGGGGGAUCAUCGGCCAAGAUGGAGGCAACGUCUCAGUGAAUCCAGAGCAUCCCCCCACAUCGCGAAUUCCCAGCAAUAUUACCACCAUGUUCAGGAGCGCAUUGAAGAACUCGACUGUGGCGAGCAUAUUCGACAUACAGUAUCGAUCGUGGCUACCGUAUGCGUCCGAAUAUUUUGACAGCCACAAGCCGUAUCCGCGGGGAAAGUUCCUCCAUCUCGACUAUCUCAUCACCCGGGACAGCAUCGUCCUGGUCGAGGGUCUGAUUGUGGACAUGAAAUCCGGCGGGGUGGGCUUUCGCAACCACAGCGCACCGCACGGACUGUUGCUGGGGGCAGAGUGGGAGGAGGAUAUCUUGUGGAUCGAGCCCGAGUUCUCCUGCGUCAAUACGAACCUCUCGUACGAACUGGUCAUGGCCGACACUCGCAAUUCUCACAACUACUCUGUGCCCAUUCGAUCGAUCGAACUCGUCGACGACGGCGGGUUUGCCAACCUUCGUUUGGGAAACCCGUAUGAUUAUUGGCCAAAUAUCACAUACGCAUCACCAGACGUGCGUCUGCGAGCAGACCGAUCGGCCUGGCUCACCAGCUUCUUGACCGCCUUCACCUACAACAUGACAAAUGCCACAACGGCAGCGUAUGGCAUCAACACUACGCUUGGAAAGCACUAUGAAGUCAAGAAAACACCCUUCUUCAUCUCGGGCCAAGGGGUGCAGACCAGUAGGGUCGAUGGCACUUGGCUGUCCCUGCCCGACAUUGGUAAGAAUGAUAAAGGGGACUGGAUGGUAGGCAAUCGCACCAUUGCCUCGGCCAAGGACGAUCCAUAUUGGUUUGCCGUGGGCCUCUUCACCGAGCUCGCCGGCCGAUGCAGUGGACAGUACACUGACCAAUCAAAGGAAGUGAACCAUAAUGUGGAAUGUGGCUACCUCUUCGCCGCGCCGUCAAGAGUCGACGGCGGCGAACCGCUAUUUGAGGAGCCCGGGUCAAGAUGGAAGAUGCCCGUUUACACCUGUGCCGGCGCAGUCAAGGCUUCAGUGAAAUCAGUGUCAUUUGCGACAAACGGAACCGUGUCCUUGGAGUCUCUUUCUGUACUGGACGUCAAGGAAAAACAGUACAAGAGCCCUACCGACCACCCCCUCUGGGCCACGGAGGACUGGUGGUUUCCAGGAUACGAGGGCGCAUAUGCCGCGCCGCUUUGGGGCAUCGUCAACGAUUCGUACGAAGGCACACCCGGCUACAACUUCACGCGGGCGCCUUCGUAUUACCUGCCCUUUUCGUACUACGACCUGACGUGGAAGGGCAUGUCCUCGCCACUGGACAUGCUCGCCGGUCCAGUUGCCCCAUACGGCAUCAUGGGCCAGGUGCUCACCGGUAUCUUUUCCGAUACUAGUCUAAACGCCAACAUACCUCGGUACUCGGGUGUCGAUACCGGAGCGCUCCGAACCAAGUGGCGCGCAUUAUCGCGAAAGCCCGAAGAUGCCGAGAAGCUCCUUCGUCUGGUGUGGACGGACAUGAUGGCCAGCGCCACAGUCGGCACUGUAGGCACAAGCGACACAGAGGAUGCAACCACGGGUCAACAAUCUGGUCAAUCGGUGCAGCCGGACGCGAUGGCCGCAUUAUUUCCGAGGAGCGUCGCCGUUUUCGAACGAAGGGUCACGUAUGAUAUGCGAUACGCCAUCCCAGCGCUUCUCUUCCUUGCGUCGUGGAUCUUCCUUGUACUGGCAGCAUCCAUCACAGCUCUCCUCAACGGACAACUCUUGAGACAGCUCAAGCAGCUGCUAAACGACACCAGUGUAGGCCGUGUGGCAGUCGGCUCAGCGGAUGGUGAACACCAAAACUUGCUUCGUCUGUCGACCCGGGACUGGCUGGAUGCGGUUGGCCACCUUCCAUUACUGCUUUGGAAGGACCGUGAGGGUUAUGACGAACUCGAACAGACUCCGGCCGGUUCCAAGCUGGGCGCCGAAGCACGUUUAAAUCCGGUCUGGCAGUCGGGCGGUAUAGAACGAUGA